AGAUUUUUUCAAGAAAAUGGGAUCAGCUCUUUCUUGUUUAAAACAGUCACAAUCACCACCGAUACCAUCAGUUGUUUUUGAACGUUAUUUUUCUUUUAAUAGAAAUACUGUUACAAGUUUACCACCAGAAUGUUUACGAGAAAUUUUUGAAUAUCUUGAAACAAAAGGUUCACUUUAUUCAUGUCUUUUAGUCAACAGAAGUUGGUGUAAGGUGGCCACCCCCAUUUUAUGGAAAAGCCCUUUCAAACUCUCAAAUGGUUUGUCGACUGAAUCUACUAAAAUAAUACAAGUUUAUCUCACGUGUCUUAAUAGGAAGUCAAAACAAUAUCUAUGCAAUAAUGGAGUGAUAUUACCAAGUAACAUAAUAGAGGGAAUUUCUUCACCAAUAUUUGAUUAUCCAUCUUUCUUGAGGGAAUUGAAAUUUUCGGAUAUUUAUAACGGAGUCUCUGAUUGGUUUUCUAAUGUUAUCGGAAAUCUUGGAGAUGAACAACAGACAACUUUCUUGAAGAUUCUUAUUACGGAACAAUUAUUUAAACUAUUUAUGAAUCAAUGCUCAACUUUCGAUAUAAUUUCAUUGUCAGACAUACCCUACGAAACUCCUACGCCUUUGUUACCGUUUUUAACCGGAUCCGUUAAUUGUUUUUCUCGUUUAAAAAGCUUUCAUUGUGUUAGCAAACACAAUAACAAGAGUGAAAUUUUUAGAGCAAUUUCUCAAGUAUCAGAAUUUAUUGAAACGUUAGAAGUUGGAGGUGUUGAUCAUGAUAUGGAAGUCAAAGCUUUAGGAGUUCUAAUAAGAGCUCAAAAAAAAUUAAAAAAAUUUAAAUACACUUGGGAUUACCAAACAAAGUAUCAAGUUGUAUUAUCGGAAACCCUAUGUGCACUUAAAUCUCAAUCAAAAUUUUUAACAACGAUUCAAUUCGAAUAUUGCAAUUUUCAUCAUUGUAAUUCUAUGGAAGCAUUAGCAGAUUUUGAAAAUCUAGAAUAUAUACAAUUUAUUCAUUGUAUAUAUAUUGGAGAUAAAAUGAAUUCUUUUACCAAUGCAAAAUUUCCACGUUUAAAAUAUGUCGGAUUUUAUACCAAUUACAUAGAAUCUCCUCGGUAUUGGGUAUGUCCUGAUGAUGUAGCCGCAUUAAUUGAAAAUUGUCAUAAUAGUUUAGAACAAGUUUUAUUGCCAAGAACUGGAAAUUGCACUAUAUCCUCUCAUAAAUUAGUAAAAGCUCUUAGAUUAUGUAGGAAUAUUAAGGAUUUAAAAAUACAAAUGGGUGAAGGUGACAUUGAAGAAUUUUUGGAAUUUUUAAAGAAUAAUGAAAGAUUGGAAAAAGCAACUUUAAUUUGUUACGGUGAUUCGAAUAUUGAAUAUUUCUUUACAAAAACAAAUCAAUUAUGGCCAAAUACUUUGUCAUCAUUAAACCUGAAAGGACAAUGGAUUAUUUCUCCUGAAUAUUUAAAGACACUGUUAAAAGAAUGUAAAUCUUCAAUAAAACAACUGGAUUUACAUUCUUCUCAUAUAACCGAUGAUCAUGUUGGUGCUGUAAUUGAAUACGUUAAAGAAAUGAGAUCUGCUAAAAAAACAACUUUACAUAGCUGUUUAAUAUCCGGUGAGCGAAUGUCUGAAGAAGGAAGACGGAAAGCGAGAGAAUUUGUAAACUUAACAAAAAUUUUUUUAUAAUAGAUAACAUUAUCCAGGUAUAAUUUUAAAAUUGUUAUUUUUUUGGGAGGUAUACCAUUAACAAUUACACAAACAUUUUAAUUAUGGUUUCUAAAAAUUUCCCUAUUGAAUAGAGUUAAUAUGUAAAAUAUUAAUUGUAUGUAGCAUUAAAUAAUAAAAAUAGUACGGUAUAUAUAUUUUAUAAUGAUAAAUAAAGACAUUGAUGUUUCAAAAGAUUUUAUGUCAUCACUAAGAUGGCAGGAAGACAAAAUAUUUGCCAACAAAUCGGAUCUCUGUUCCUUUCACACAAAUAAAAAUUCAAC